AUGGAUGACUUUGGAGACAGUAAACAUGAUGGAUUACAAUUGAUGAACCUCCUGUACGCUAUAGCGGAAGAUCAGGCAAGCAAAGAAGGCCAUAUUCAUCGCGGCAUUACCUGCAAUAGCUGUCGUACAGUUCCAAUCCGCGGGCUACGUUAUAAAUGUGCCAACUGUCAGGAUUAUGAUCUAUGUGAAGGAUGUGAGGCUGCGGAAGUACAUAUCAGAUCCCAUGUUUUCAUGAAGAUCAGGAUACCAAUCCCACCUCUUGCCAACAGUCGGACAAAGAAAUUGCCACCGUUCUAUCCUGGCAUUCCACAAGGAAAUGUCACUACCCCAGAUCAUCUUUUACAGCAACUACUCGAAACAACACAUUUUGACAAUGUAGAGUUGGACGCCAUGUACAACCAAUAUCUCUCAUUAUCAACUCUGGAUCAAGAAGGUGGAGGAAUCACGCGUCUCACUUUUGAGCAAGCAUUAGGUCCAUUAGGACUGGAAAAGAAUCUUAUCACGGACCGUAUUUUCCAUUUUUUUGACCAAGAUAAUGACGGAGUGAUUAAUUUCAAGGAGAUGGCUUGUGGACUGAGCGUGCUUUGCAAGGGCAAUGUUGAUGAAAAGAUCGAUUAUGCUUUCCAAGGAUAUGACCUGGAUGGUGAUGGCUACAUCUCGCGGGAGGAACUGCAUGAAAUGUUCAAAGCAUAUUUUUACUUAUCCAUGGAGUUGAUUCGGGACGUAGUGAAAACCAUGGAAAAUGAUAUCAUUAGCAACUUUGAAUACCAGCCCGGAAUCCCUAUUUCCUCCACAUUCACUGCUCCUAUUCCACGAGAAAUUGGUGCCCGGAGCAACAAUGGGAACAAUGGGAACAAUACCACCGGAACUAACCAAAUGAACGGUAGCAGCGCAACUAGUAAUGACAACAACAACAAUAGUAGUAACAAUAACACCAUCAUCAUUAAUACCUCAGCAACAGAAGAAGUCAGGGAAGUCCAAGAGCAGGUCUCUCUGCCAGCAGACCGGUCACACUCGUUGAUUCCAAAUGGAGAGAGCAGCUCUGCUAUACCCAACAUCUCCUCUAUCGAUGGUACUUCGCAUGGAACCGCCCGGCACAGUGUAUUUACCCCCGAGGAGAUGGUAACGACAUCAAACCAGGAAUAUGAAGAAGUGAGAGAGAUCUCCAACCAAAACCCUGCGAUUAUGGAGAGCACACUUUCAUCAGGAUCCUAUGGAUUCAUUAGCCCUGAUACGUACAUCAACCAAGGCGAAGACUCGGAUGAUGAUGAAGCUGGAACAUCAGUAGCCACAGAUGGUGAUACAGAGAAGAGCCAUGGGAAUGAGUCAGAGACCUUACUGUCACCCCAAAUGGCGAGCCAAGAACUCCCAGGGGAUUCCAGCGAAGGAGAGGAUUCUGGUGUCGACAACAGUGGUUGGCUUAUUAGCGGUGCUGUGUCCUCGCCUACGCAGCAGUUGUACUCAAACAAUAUGUCGCGAUCAACAUCGUCGCAGGAUACCGGUGAUGUCCAUGCGUCCAGCAACUCUUCCCUACCUCCUCGAUUGGAUAUUCAGGAGGGUUCGUCUGCUGAAAGCAGCUCUAGUCAGCCACGAAAAGAUCAGCCUUUGCCUCCAAUGGCCCCCUCGUCACAUGCGGUUCCGCCUAAUAUCUCGAAUACGAAUUUUGCUUGGGAUCAUCCUCAAAACCGCCCGUCAUCUUCUACCCCUCACUCACAAUCAUCUCAAAGAACACCUUCACUAGUUCCUUCGCCUGCUCUUGGAUUUGGAUUAUCACAACCAUCUACAUCAUCCUCACCAUUGUCAUCGGCCACAUACUUACCAAGCAACCAUGAUCCCAGCCACAGGCCACCACUUGGAGCCCCCUAUCAGUCAUUCGCGUCUACCUCAUCAGCCACACCAGCAGGGUCAUAUGCUAAUCCGUCCUAUUUCUCGAGCACGUUUCCUGUUAUGGAGUCAAUUUCCCAGGAUGCGAUCCAUGAGAUGGUAGACAAGACCUUCAAUGCAAUCAAGAAUCCUUCAAAGCCUGGAUACAUCACUCUAGAAGAAUUCAGAGCGUAUGUGCUUACAGAUGCUGGCAUCUUGGGCUGGUUCGAUGCCCUGGGUAGUAUUUUUUAG